AUGCUACAGAUUCCAGCACUGGCCAGUUCAUUAGCAGCCAUUGGAUAUGAAAAAGUUAAUAAGCUUUCCUUAACUUUGCUGACAGAUGAGGAUAUUGGAAAAGGUGGCCUUGGAGCUACUCCUGCUCUGAGUAUCUGCACAAUGAACGUGUCCAGCUGUGGUAAAGACUUGUUGGUAGCGAGAUGGACUUCAUUAUUGCUGCUCCUUCUGCUCCUGCAGUUCCCUGAGAUUGUCAGCACAAAUGCAGAGAGCAGAUUGGGUCAGCAGCCAAAACCUCAAAAUGGCUUUAGCAUUCUGGAGAAUCUUGCCAUUGCUGAAUUUGCCUCUAUUGUUAUUCCCGAGUUUCAAAAGUUCCCAUAUACGACAUAUCCUAAUCCACAAAUGAGACUCCGCUAUUUGCCAAAUUACUACCAUCAUGUCCUUGUUUUUGUGUUUGCCAUGGUUGAGAUCAAGAGGAAUCCCCGACUCUUACCCAACAGCACAGUAUUUGCCACCAUCACUAAAAAUGCUUACAAUGAAAUGGGCUCCUGUAAAGGGACUAUGGAUCUCCUUUUUCUAAGACAGGGGAACCCCCUUAACUACAUCUGUGACAAGACAUACAAGCUAAUGGCCAUCAUUGGAGGGCUCACCCUUCAGAACUCCAAGCAAAUGCCCCACAUCUUAAAUAUCUACAAGAUACCACAGUACUUUCCCCAUGAAAGCUCGCUCUUUAUCGUAGAAAUGGAGCAAACAGAAAACUGUGGAAAACAUGAAUUGCUGUUUGUUCCAAAUCAGCAGCAAAAACUUAGUUAUGGCUCCUUUGAGCCUGCCUUGAGUGAUAAAACACAGUUCCCUUCUGUCUAUCGGAUGAUCCCAAAUGAAAGUCCUCAAUAUGCUGGGAUUGUUCAGCUGCUUCAACAUUUUGGAUGGACCUGGAUUGGGCUCAUUGUUUCACAUGACGACAGUGGAGAAAAGUUAUUGAGGACUCUCAUUCCUUGGUUACUCCAGAAAAAUAUUUGCAUUGCUUUUAAGCAAGUUAUUCCAACCCUGGAAGGCAUCCACAGAGUAACAUCUACGAAUUUAAUUAAUAAAGUAAGAUCUAUUCUUUUAUCAUCCAAAACCAAUGUGAUUCUUGUUCAUGGGAAUUCGCAGUCUAUGGAGGUCUUACGAAUGGUUCUGCAUGUCGAUGAAAAUGGACCUAAACCAAUGGAGAGGGUUUGGGUCGUAACAGCUCUGUGGGAUUUUGCAUCUGUGUUGGAUAGUCGGGCAUUCACACCAAAAUCUUUCAAUGGAACCUUGUCCUUCUCACUCCACGCUAAUGAUGUUGCAGGAUAUAAAGAGUUCCUUGAGAUUUUAAAUCCUACUAAGACUGUACUUUAUGAUAUUCAUCAUUUCUGGUCGAGUGCAUUUUUGUGCUCAUUCCCCACCUAUAACAUUUAUGCAAAAACCUCAAGAAUUUGUACUGGGCAAGAGAAGUUGAGGAGCCUUCCACAGAUUGUGUUUGAAAUGGGAAUGUCUGGCCAAGCUUACAGUAUCUACAAUGCUGUGUAUGUUAUAGCACAUGCUCUCCAUGCGAUGCUUUCAUCGAGAUUAAAGCAGAAGCUUAUGGGAGCAAUAGCCAGACGGAAUCUUAAUGUCCAUCCAUGGCAGCUCAUCCACUUCAACAAUAGUGCUGGAGAAGAAAUAUUUUUUGAUGAAAAUGGAGACUUGGCAACUGGAUAUGAUAUUGUCAACACUGUCACCUUUUCCAAUCUGUCCAUCCAUAGAGUCUGUGUUGGAAGGGUGGACCCACAGGCUCCUGAAGGGAAGAAAUUCACCAUCAAUGGAAGUGCUGUUGUGUGGAACCACAAGUUUAAGCAGCUGCCUCAAAUUGUCAGCAAGAAGGCUGACAAUGGAUUGGGUCAGCAGACAAAGGUUCGUGAUGACUAUGGCAUUCCAGAGGACAUUUUCGUCGAUGCAGAUCAUUGUGACAAGUGCUCUGAUGAUCAGCAUCCUAACAAGAACCAGGAUCAGUGCAUGCCUAAGCAUAUAAUCUACCUAUCAUACAGAGAACCCUUGGGAAUAAUUCUUACUUCAUUUGUUCUUUUCCUUUCUCUGAUUACUCUUGUGAUAACGUGGAUCUUCAUUCAACACCAGGAGACUCCCAUUGUCAAGGCCAACAACUGGAACAUCACCUGCACUCUCCUCACUUCCCUGUUGCUUUGCUUUCUCUGCUCCUUCCUAUUCAUUGGAAAGCCUGGGAAAGUGACCUGCCUUCUCCGUCAAACAGUCUUUGGGAUUGUCUUCUCCCUGGCUGUUUCUUGUGUGUUGGCAAAAACCCUCACUGUGGUUCUGGCCUUCAUGGCCACCAAGCCAGGAAACAGGAUAAGGAAAUGGAUGGGGAAGAGGUUGGCAGUGUCAGUCAUCAUCCUUUGCACUCUUAUUCAAACUGGCAUCUGUGCACUGUGGUUGGCAACCUCUCCUCCCUUCCCGGAGUUUGACAUGCAUUCACAGACUACCCAAAUCAUUGUGCAGUGCAAUGAAGGAUCAGCCACCAUGUUUUAUACUGUCCUGGGCUACAUGGGGCUCCUGGCCAUCAUCAGCUUCACUGUGGCUUUCUUGGCCAGGAAGCUACCUGAUACUUUCAAUGAAGCCAAGCUCAUCACCUUCAGCAUGUUGGUUUUCUGCAGUGUUUGGGUGUCCUUCGUCCCCACCUACUUGAGCACCAAAGGAAAAUAUAUGGUGGCUGUGGAGAUCUUCUGCAUUUUAGCCUCUAGUGUGGGAUUGCUGGGUUGCAUAUUCCUCCCGAAGCUCUAUAUUAUUGUACUUAGACCAGAAUUGAAUGCCAGGGAUCAACUAAUAAGGAAACAGAAUUUUGCCAUCUGA